AUGCUUCAAAAUUCUGAAAAACAAAAAGAAUAUUUCUCAUAACUUUUAGAAGAGAUAUUAAAAGUAUUUAGAAGUCCAGAUCUCAAAAUCAUCAAUUUUCUUUAUAAUGUUAUAUUUGAUUAGCAAUAUUAUAAACUUACUACUAUUGAUAAAUAUUCAGAAGAAGAAUUGAAUUAUCAAAUAGCAAAUAUGAUGUUAUACCCUUUAAAUGUUAGAGAAUUUAGGAAUACUCAACAAAUGAGUUCAUUAAUUCCUUUCUUCUUAGUAUUUGUUAUUGGUCAAAGACUUGAUAUAAAUAAGUGCAUUAAAUAGGAAAUGUAAAACGAAUGGGAUUAUUUUCUAACUGCAGUUGCUAAAAAAAUUAAUUAUGAAGAAAGUUAAUGUAAUGAAUAUUUAAAACAAUUCUAACUUCAUUUAGAAAUGCAAUCUAAAUAAUCUUAAGCCAUAGAUUUAGAUAAAACAAUGAUCUAAAUUAGUAAUUAUUAUCAAGGAGAUCAAUUACUCAAAUUAUUAAAUUUAAUGUUUUAUUAAGAUUAUUUUAGUUUCGCUAUCAAUUCAUUAAAAAGUUAGGAUGAAUACGAUAAUUUUAAAAAAUAAAAAAAAUAGGAAAUCAUUAUUAACACAUUUUAAUUUAUCUAAAAAAACCAUAUGGAAGAAAUUUAAGGAAAUUUAGAAUAUACAAAAAUGCAAGUUGCUAUCUCAUUUUUAAACAAUAAAUAUAAUUAUGAAUAUAUAACAGAAAAAUUCGAUAAUCUUUAAGCUGGUAUUCUCAUUUUUCGUCUAAUUGAAUUAGAUCAUAAAUAAUUUUAAAAUUACUUUUAGAUACAACAACCAAAUAUGUAAGAGUAAUUAUUUAAUCAAAUUAUUUAAAUUGCAGGAAAUAAAGAUAGUUUUUUUCCUAAUUUAAUCUUAGUGGGUAAAUGUCUAUCUAAAUUAAGAUUAUGGGAAUUUGCAUUGGAAAUUUAUAAAAAAUUAAUCAAAUAAAUAAAUAACAUGAGCUAAGAAAAAUAUCGAAUAUAUAUUUAAUUUAAAAUUUAUAAAAUUCACUUUUUGUAAGGUUAAAUUAAAUAUUUGCUUAAAAAGCUCAUAAAUUUAAGCGAAUAAAUGUAUAAGUAUAAAGAAAAUUAAUUGGAGUUUUAUUAGCCAAAAAACAGAAAUCUCUAUAAUGAAUGUUUAUUUAUAUAAUUAUUAAUAAGUGCUUAUACAAAAUAAAUUGAUAAAUUAAAACACAUUACUAUAAAGAUUAAUACAAUCCAUAUGUAGAACAAUCACUAUAAUUAAUUAAAAAGACCUUUUACUCUAUUAUAAUACGAAUUCUUUAGAUUAGUGAAAUAAUAAGUAGUUAUAUUUCAUGGAAAAGAUGACAAAAAUAAUUUAGAACAUAUUUUAGACAAAAUAAAACAAGUUUGUUAACAAAGACAAGAGAUUGAAUAAAAGAAAUCUGGUUUUUUUAAGAAUAUAAAAUUUAUUUUUGAAUCACCUACAAAUAGAAAUGAUUAAAUGAUCUAGAUUUCUAGCUACUAUAAGGCUGUAGAAGAACUUCUUAUUAUUAAUGUCUUAGUUCGGCAUAGAGAGAUUUAUAUUUUAUAAUAUUUAAAUCCUAACUUCUAUCCCUUAUUAAGAGUUUUUCUUGAAAAAUAGUUCUUUGAUUUAACAUUGAAAUCAUAAAUAUAUCUAUUUAUUCAUGAUUUUGAUAAAGCUUUUGAAAUUGCAAUAAAAACAAAUAACUAUAAGAUGAUUGGAUAGAUUUAUGAAUAUAAGGAUAAGUAUAAUUUGGCAAUAGAUGCUUAUACAAAGGAUUUUAGUCCAAGCUGUUUAUUUAGUCGUGCCGUAUUAUAUAAAAUUCUUUAAGAUAGAGGUUCUUUAGAGGAUAGUGGGUAAGUAAGAAAUUAGUAAUUAUAAAAUCUAUAUAAGAAUGCAAUGGAAUGUUUUAGUAAUUUAAAAAAAAACUAAAAUUAAUAUAAAUAGAUUUCAAUAAAAUAUCAUAUAUUAUUAUAACGUUAAAAUUAACUAUAAAUUACAAAUAGAUUUGAGUUAGAAGAUGAAGUUUCUAUCUAAUAUUCUUAAUUAAAUAUAAGAUUAACUUAAUCAACAAACUCAUUAAAUUAAAAUUAUCUGCAAGAUUUGUAUUAUGAUAAUUUUAAUAAAAAUAGCAAUCUUUAUUCUUAAAUUUAUAGAAGUGCUAAUAGAAUUUCUGGUUAGAUAAAUAUGGUUCAAUCCUAGCAAAUUGAAAAUUCGGAAAGUGAUACAAGUAGUUUUCUUGAAUCAUCAUUAUUUUAAACUUAAUCUUUUUAAAAAAUGUUUGAGAAUUUUAAUUUUUCAAUUAGAAAGGAUAUUGGAUUUUUUUAUUAAAAUUUGAAAUAAGACAUUAUAUCUGAAAUAGAUACUGAUUUAGAACGAACAUUAGAUGAAUUUGUAAGUAAAACUAGAUUUUUAGAAUAUGAAAGUUUUUAGUUAUUUGAGAAUAAUAAUUUGGGAGAAAAGAUUGGAUAAGGAGGGUUUAGUGAAGUAUACAAAUUUAAAUUUUAAGAUUAAAUUUAUGCUGCAAAAGUGAUUAAAUUAGAGUAUAGAGGAUCAGGAGAAACAAUUAGUGAUAAUGAGAAAUCAGAUAUUAAAGAUAGACUUUUAGAGGUUUGUAUUGUUUGUGAUUUAACUAUAUAAAAGAUUAAAUAUUGUUUACAAAUUGAACAUUUAGGAUUUAAAUUUGAAAUGCUAGGUUAAAUUAAAAUAUAUAAAAUUAUUCUUAUUACAAAACUGUAUGAUAAUUAUUAAGAAUUUUUUAAGUGGGAAGAUAAAGAUAAAAUUAAGUUUGUUUAUAAAUUAUCUAGAGGACUUAAUACUUUACAGAAUGAUAGAGAAUUACUCCAUUUAGAUUUAAAACCUGAUAAUGUUUUAGUGGAUUCAAAAAAAAAAAGCCCUAUUAUUGCUGAUUUUGGAUUAUCCAAAUAUUCUUAAGCUUCAUAUAAUCUUAAUUUGGCUCCUAAAUAAAUGACAAUUAAAUAUAUAGAUCCUGAUUUGGUUUAUAAAAAACUUUAAAGUCGACAAAAUGAUGUUUAUUCAUAUGGUAUUUCAUUAUUUUAAUAUUUUUCUGGAUCUAUUCCAUAUAAAGACCUAAAUUCUUAGUAAAUUUAUGGGAAGCUUAAAUAAUUUUAAGAAUAUCAUUAAAAUGCAAUUUAAAGUAUAUAAAUAGAGCCAAUUAAAAAUCUAAUUCUAGAUUGUACAUUACCUAUUGAAUAAAGGAUUUCUUUUAUCAUAGUAAUAAAAAGGUUAUUUACUUUAUUAUAUGAAAUUAAUAAUCCAUCUGUCAAGAUAUUAAUUGAACUUCUUUUUGAUCAUAUUGAAUUUUAGAGAAAAUAAAGAAAAGUGUAAAAUAUUAAUACUUAAAUAAAACUAAUUAAAACCUUUAUUAAAUAUACAAACAAAUUUUCGCCUAUAAAUUUAGAAAAUAAAAUGGUUUAGACUUUUAAAGUGAUUUUUUCAACAUAAUCAAGCUAAUGUUAUUCAGAAAUAAUUUAAAGGAUGAAAUAAUUUAUUAAUUGGAUGAUAUUAAAUGAUUUUGAUUACACACUGAAACUUGUAGAUUUCAAUAUUAUUUAUAAUAAAAUAAAUGAAGAUGAAAUGGAAAUUAAUUUUAAUUAUUGGGUUGAAAAUUCCGAAAAAAUAUCAUUAAAUGAUAUUUAUUAAUGGAAACCAUUUUUCUAUGAACUUAUUGAAAUUUUAUUAAAAAUUCAUUAACAUUCAAUAUGUAUAUUAUAUUUAGGAUUGGAAUAAAUAUAUAAAUAGGAUGGUAGGAUAAAAUUAAGUUGUUUAUCGAUUUCAUAAAAUCUUAAAAUUGAUGAUAACAAUUAAUUUGAGCUUAAUAAUUCCUAAAUUGAUCCUAAGAUUAAAAAAACAAAUAAAUUUAAUUUGUAAAAUGACGCUUAUGCAUUUUGUAUAUUAAUAUAGUAAACUAUGUAAUUAAUCUAAUAACCAUUCGAUUAAGCCGAAUAGGAGAGAUUGAAUACAUUUACCAAUGAAGUUUUGAGCCAAAGUGAAGUAAUAACUUUAUAAGAAAUAAUUGAUAAACUAUUAAAUUGA